CCCCGAAUUUUUAAAAAUUAUUUAAUUUAAUUUUUGCCGUAUAAAUACCCCACUCUGUGUGAGCAUUUCUCACCAUCACAUUCAUUUUAGCUUCCACUGCCAUCAGUCUAUAAGCUUUCUUUUUCAGCAGCAGCGAUGGCCACAGCUCAGGUUGAAUCAGUUCCAACUCCAGUAGCAGAGACGAAUCCGCCAAAGGAAAUCGCCGCUGCUGCAGAGAAAGACGCUGCGCCAGCCGAGGAAGUCCCGCCGCAGGAAGAACCUAAAGAGUCCGAACCUGUAGACAAAGCAGCUGCUCCCGAAACCGAUCCACCGGCUGCGGAAGCCGAGCCAGAGAAAAUUGUAGCUGAGGAGCCAGCAGAGGAAACCGCCACUGAGGAAGUUACAGAGAAGAAGGUUCUGGAAGCAGUAACGGAACCAGUUGUUGAAGCCACGGAAGCAGAGAAACCUCAGGAAACAAAAGAAGAAGAAGAAGAAGUCAGUAAAGAGGCAGCACCAGCAGCCGAGCCUGAGGCUCAAGCUCCAGCCGAGGAAGCGGCGCCGGCGGAAGCUCCGGCUGAGAAAUCUGAGUGAAAAAUCGAUCGCUUCAGUGAAGAAAGGUGCGACGGUUGCAAGUGUUUUUUUUUUUUCUAUAGUCCAUAUCUUGUUGGUCGCUAUAAUUAUUAUUAUGAUUAUAAUUAUUGAUGUUGUGUAUUUUGAGGUUUGAAAAAGAAACAUAUAUAUUAAUAUAUAUAUAUAAUAUAUAAAUUAUUAUACGUGUGAAGUUUGAAGCCUGUUCCUGCUGUAUCAUAUUAUUGUGAUGAUGAUCCUUUAGCUCUGUUGCUUAAAUACCGUUGGUAUAUGAAUGUGUGCGAAUUCUCGUGUC